ACCAGGACCCGAAAUUUUGCUCCGUUUCCGAUCGCGAACGCCGACCUCAACACCGACAGCAUACGGCGCUUCCGGGCCCAUCCACAACCACAAUGGCGGCCAGGAACGUGUCUCCCGGAGGAGCACUUCUCCGGACGUCGCGCAUGUUUGCGCUGCCGAACCCGAUCCCUCCACCGCCCCACGAUGGCCAAGCAGGCGCCAAUUUCCACUCGGAAACGGCCACGCUCGCGUUCCCGACUCACCAGAUCAUCACCACCCUGAGCGCCUCGCGGAAGCAGGGUGACUGGGGUCUCAAGCGGCCGCUGCCGCUCAAGUCCACAACCAAGUCUACGCAUGCGAUGCUGCGCGUCAAGGCCAUCGACACGAUCGAGCAGAUCACCGACUACAGCUCGGCCACGGACCAUGGCAUCACCCUUCGGAAGUUUCAGGAGUUGCACAUGCCCCUCACGGCGCGUCGGCCAGCCGGCGGUGACCACAAGGACAAUACAAGUACGAUGGGUCUGCCGCAAAAGUCCGUGUUUGAGGAUUCGCUCGACGUCACCGAUAUUCACCCGGAUAAGCGUGCCGAGGCCAUUGACAACCGGUGGAAGUUCACCGGGCCCUGGCUGGCCGGCAUGACCCAGGGCGAGUUCAACAAGUGGCUUGCCAAGGAAGUGCGCCCGAAGCGACCCGCAUUCCGCGAGUUCCUCAAGAAGAAGAUCGCCAGCGAGCUGCACGCGACUGCGGCCAAGGAGGCCCUUGAUAAGGGGCAAGAACAACCACCUGCCAUCGACCCGAGCUCGGUGACGGAGGAUCAGCUCCUCGACUACCUGCGCAAGCUACGACACGAUAACCAGGCACUCUACGACAUGGUCGGCCAGUUCCUCGACCUCGCGCCCCUUACACCUCCUACCGUCAGCCAGACCGGCCUUCCCACCUCCAAGGUCAGCCAGCUGAAGUUCACCGAAAUGAAGAACCCGUACGCUGAGCGUGGGCCCCCGGUCACGCACCCGUCGGCUGGCAUCUCGUACCUGCGCUCGUCCAUGUACAUGGAGAACCACCCGAUCUACGGGCCCCAGAAGCACCACUCGCCGGUGGUGGCCAGGAUCGUGAGGCCGCGUCGGCAGGCGCAAGCCAUGCCGGCCAAGCUUGGUGUGGCGGGCUUCAUUGUCGACACCCCACUGGGCGACACGGGCUCCAACUAUCGGUCGGGCUCGAGCGCCAUCUUUGACAGGCUCGACCCCAGCAUCGAGGGCGGCGCCAAGCUCUGGGUGCAGCCCAAGAUCGCGUCGGUCGAUUCCAGCGGGCGCGUCAUCUUGCGAGUGGACGACGCCUCGCGCGAGUCCACCCUUGUUGCGCAGGAGCUGCUCGGCAACGCCGUCUGCCUGGGCGCGAAGCCGGCCGAGGACGAGAUGAACAAGCGGGAGUCGGCCAGUGAUAUCAGGCAGAAAUACAGGGCCGCUGACACACCACCCACCAUGUCGAGUGCCCGAGACUACGGGCUGAGGGUGUAAAUGCCAGGGGCGGCGCAUUCAUUGGGCAUGGUUUGGGGUUGAGUGUACUGCGGCCGGUAUGGUCCCGGAAUUCUUGGGGUUGGGAGGAAGGGGUGGGGUGGUGUAGAUACAAUUGUAUCCAGAUCAUUGUACCAAUAAACCGAUUGUAGAAAUACAUACUGUCUGUAUCCUCACGGCUGAAGCCGAACCUGG